GAGAGAGAGAUAAUGGGCGAAGAGAAAGAAUAUCCAGGCAACUUGACACCUUACGCUAUUAUAACCUGCGUUAUUGCAGCCACAGGCGGUCUCACUUUCGGUUAUGAUAUCGGAAUUUCAGGUGGAGUUACGUCAAUGGAUGCAUUCUUGAAGAUGUAUUUCCCGUCAGUGCGGAAGAAGUGGAUGGAGGAUUCGAGUGAGAAUCAAUAUUGCGUAUUUGAUAGCCAUUUGCUCUCUAUGUUUACAUCGUCCUUGUAUUUGGCUGCACUUUCCUCGUCGGUCGUCGCAUCGACGUUGACAAGAAAAGUGGGCAGAAAGACAACGAUGGUGGGCGGAGGUGUGCUCUUCUUCGUCGGAGCUUUGAUCAAUGCGUUGGCCCCUUCUCAUGCUCUAUGGAUGCUCAUUCUUGGCCGUAUUCUUCAGGGAUUUGGAGUUGGAUUUUCUAUCCAGUCUGUUCCAUUGUACCUGUCUGAGAUGGCUCCUUACAAGUACAGAGGUGGACUCAACAUUGGAUUUCAAUUAUGCAUAACCAUAGGCAUCUUAGCGGCGAAUCUAUUAAACUAUGCAUUUAACAAAAUCAAGGGUGGGUUCGGGUGGCGGCUGAGCCUAGGAGGCGCCGCCGUCCCUGCCGCUAUCGUUACCAUAGGCGCCUUAGCCCUUCCGGAGACACCGAAUUUCAUGAUCGAGCGAGGCAAGCACGACGAGGCCAGAGCCAAGCUCAGGAGGCUUCGCGGCGUAGACGAUGUGGAUCAAGAGUUCAACGACAUAGUUAAAGCGUGUGAGGCGUCCAAGAAUGUGGAAUAUCCAUGGAGGAACCUCUUCAAGAAGAAGUAUAGGUUUUAUCUGAUGAUGGCAAUCGCCAUUCCCCUGUUUCAAGGGCUGAGCGGCAUCAACGUCAUCAUGUUUUACGUGCCCGUCGUGUUCAAGUCCGUCGGCUUUAACAGCCACGCGGCAUUGAUGUCGACCGUGUUCACCGGUGGGGUGAAUGUCUUGGCCACCGUGGUCUCCAUUUAUGGAGUGGAUAGGUGGGGAAGAAGGUUCCUUUUCAUUGAAGGAGGCAUCCAAAUGCUCAUUUCUCAGAUUGUAGUUGGAAUAUGCAUGGGCGUGACAUACGGGGUGGAUGGAGCGGUAAGAGAGACGACACCCAAGUGGUAUGCAAUUGUGCUAGUGGUGUUUAUAUGCAUAUUUGUGGGUGGAUUUGCCUGGUCAUGGGGGCCUCUAGCUUGGCUGGUGCCUAGUGAAAUAUUCCCACUCGAAAUUCGGUCUGCGGCUCAGAGCUUGAAUGUCUCGGUCAACAUGGGCUGCACCUUUCUUAUCGCUCAAACCUUCUUCACCAUGCUUUGUCACUUUAAAUUUGGCGUCUUCUUCCUCUUUGGCUUCUUUGCCUUGGUUAUGACUAUCUUCAUAUACUUGGUCUUGCCAGAGACCAACAAUAUUCCCAUCCAAGAAAUGCCUAUGCAAAUUGCUAUUGUCCGAGUUUUGUGAGGCCUUAAUUAGAACUCCUUUGCUACACCAAAUGAGAUAGUUUAAAAAUUAUUUUUGUUUUACAUUAUAGACUUCAAUCAAAACUCAUGUCACGUCAUUUUC